UGGGCUGUGGCUCAGCUCUCAGAGGGAGUGGAGCACCAGGCAGCGGUCUCCAGCCGAGCCCCCUGCCAGCAUGGCCAGCGAGUUCAAGAAGAAGCUCUUCUGGAGGGCGGUGGUGGCCGAGUUCCUGGCCAUGACCCUCUUCAUCUUCAUCAGCAUUGGUUCUGCCCUGGGCUUCAAUUACCCGGUGAAGAACAACCAGACAGCAGGUGCGGCCCAGGAUAACGUGAAGGUGUCACUGGCCUUCGGGCUGAGCAUCGCCACCCUGGCCCAGAGCGUGGGCCACAUUAGCGGCGCCCACCUCAACCCGGCCGUCACACUGGGGCUGUUGCUCAGCUGCCAGAUCAGCAUCCUCAGGGCUGUCAUGUACAUCCUUGCCCAGUGCGUGGGGGCCAUCGUGGCCACCGCCAUCCUCUCGGGCAUCACCUCCGCCCUGCCAGACAACUCGCUCGGCCGAAACGAGCUGGCCCCUGGUGUGAACUCUGGUCAGGGCUUGGGCAUCGAAAUCAUAGGCACCCUGCAGCUGGUGCUGUGUGUGCUGGCCACCACCGACAGGAGGCGCCGGGACCUCGGGGGCUCGGGCCCUCUGGCCAUCGGCCUCUCUGUGGCCCUGGGACACCUGCUGGCGAUCGACUACACAGGCUGCAGUAUUAACCCCGCCCGGUCCUUCGGCUCCUCCGUGAUCACGCAUAACUUCAAGGACCACUGGGUUUUCUGGGUGGGGCCGUUCAUCGGGGGAGCCCUGGCUGUGCUCAUCUACGACUUCAUCCUGGCCCCGCGCAGCAGCGACCUCACUGACCGCGUGAAGGUGUGGACCAGCGGCCAGGUGGAGGAGUACGACCUGGACGGCGACGACAUCAACUCGAGGGUGGAGAUGAAGCCCAAAUAGAGAGGCCCCGGCCCGGGCACCCCCGUGGGGGCGGGGCAGGGGCGGGUGGAGGGAGGGGAGGGUGAAAUCAUGUUGUAGACACUCUGACAAGCUGGCCACCGUCACUUCCCAAAGAUCCUCCAGAACUGUGUGGUCAAGCCUGGUUCGGGGCUGUUUCUAUCACUUUCUUUCUCUGUCUCUGUUUCCUGGCCCCAGGGCUUCCUGGGGACCACGACUGACCAAUCGCUCACUCCCUUGAAGCCACGGAGGAAGUGAAAGAGAGGGACCCACCCUGCUAAGCUGUCCCCUCAGAGUGUGACGGAAGGUGUGCCAGGAAGUCCCUCAUCCCAGAGCUGCUGCACAGCUCAUCUGCCGCAGGGGUCUGGGGCGCCACUGUUACUGCUUUGUGCCUUUGGGCGUGGCCCUCCUUCUUCUGGAACAUGCCCUCUGCCCCCAAGGGUGCUCUGAGGGGAAGAGAUGGCAGGAGGUGCGUGGUCAGAGGCAAGCGGUAGGCCGGCUUCGUUUCCGCAGUUUGGCUCGCCUCCAGCCCCCCUCCGCCCCCAGACUUGCUGCAUGACCUUGUGAUCGUCCAUAUCUGUAGGGCGGCAGGGACAGGGAGAGCUCCACAGGCCCGGGGCCUCUCUAUUCUGUAAGUGUAGAUACUUCGUGGGUUCUAGAAGAUGUAGUAUGGACCAGCACUUCCUCCACUUGCCCUGGUUCUUUCCCGAGGGGAGAGCUGUAGUAUGCAUCUGUGUGAACACAUGGACAUAUGCAUACAUGGUUCAAAGCAGAGACCAACAGACAGCUCAGGCCCCGAGAAGUCCCUGUUCCCGGGGAGCAGGGCCGACCCCUAUGCAGCAGGGACAGGGUCUGCUGUCGCAGGAUGGUGCCAGAUGGAGCGCGAAGGAGCAAUACCCAUGCUCCUUCACUGGGUUUUAGUUGGCCUUUCCCAUCUCUCAUUGCAUCAUCUUAAUCGUCAUGUGAUUCUCCACUUCCUUCUGCCAGUGUAGACACAGGCCACACUUAUGCAGAUGUGUGUUUCUUAAAGGGCAGUUGGUUAUCAGAAGCCCCAUGCCGGAGGACAGAUGACCAUGGUGCGGAUCAGCCCACGGAGGCACAUGGCCCUUGCUGGACCCUGAGGGGGGUUUCUAAGCCCCCAGCUGAUGCUGAGGGAGGAGGAGGAGCUGAUUCCCUCCCCUAUUGCUGAACUCCUGGUUGGAGGCACUUGGGGCAGCUGGGUGACCUGCACAGCCUCCCUGUGUGACCUCAGGCCACAGCCUUCCCUUCUCAUUUACCUGGAGGGGACAGUCAGCCUUGGCCUGAUGAUGUAGCUACCAAUGCAGCCCAAGGACACUUCAGAGGAGAGAGUCUGCUUUGGAGGCAGCUGUCUCCACAGUCUAUUCAAUCCCAUCAGGGCCAGAGCAGGUCCCCCAGCAUGCCUGUAGGCAUGAUGGUGACAAAACCCAAGUGACUCCCAUCUGCAGAUUAUAUGGAAGCAGCAGGACAACCAGGUAACCCUAAAUGGUCACCGACUCAUCAUAACAUCUACACACUCUCUUCUCCAUUCCCUAGCAGGGACUUCUAGCUCAUUUAACAGAUAAGGAAACUGAGGUCCAAGGACCCACAGCUAGGUAAUGACUUGGCCAGGCCUAGCAACCAAGGCCAUGUCUCUGGCUACUCCCGGGACUAUAAGACUGACCCCUCUUAUUCUCAGCUGCUCGGUUUCUGCCUGGGCGGUGGUCAGAAGCCAGGAGGGGUGAGGGUCGUGCUGGAGGGGAGAGGGGGGCAGACCCACUUCCUGCCUGGUUCUGACUGCUACAUGCCAGACCCUGAAUCUGUUUGCUCUGCAUAGAUGUCUCUUUGGAAUCGGAAGUUCAUUAUAUGUUAAGAAAAUAAAGGAAAAUGACUUACAAGGUCA